AUGGCCGCCUCCGACCCCUACAGACUUGGUCGCGAUGUCAUCGCCUCCACCCGCCUCAACCUCCAGCACUAUAUCUGGAAAGAGAACAUCGGAUACCUUCUCCACCCUUCCAUCAAGCUCUCCGGCGACAACAUCUCCAUAGCUGACGUUGGCACCGGCACGGGUGUCUGGCUUUUGGACCUCCAGCGCCAAUACCCCAAUGCCGAACUCCACGGUUUCGACAUCUCCAGCGAACAAUACCCCGCCCCUGGUUUCCUCCCUCGUAAUGUCACCCUCAGCCACCUCAACAUUCUCCAAGACAUUCCCGCCGAGUACGUCAACAAGUACGAUGUCGUGCACGCUCGCCUCCUCGUCCAGGUUGUCCUCCAAGCCGGUGGUGAUCCUCUUCCUGUGAUCCAGAACUUGAUGAAGCUCGUCAAACCCGGCGGCUACCUCCAAUGGGAAGAACCCAACGACGACGCAGGCAACCGUCCCCUGGUGAAGAGUGACCCUGCCACUGUCUCCGAACACUCGGAAGACCUGAUGAAGAGGAUCGACACUCGCUUCAGAUCCAAGACACCCACCUGGUCCGUCCACCUCGCCGACACCCUCACCGAGCAAGGCCUUCAACAGGUCCUGCGCGAUGAAUUCUCCCCCGACGCAUACACCCUGAUUCUCGACCAGAUGAACUACCUGGGAUUGUUCGGGGAACUGAUCAGCAAGGUUCCCGGGGAAGAGAACCAAGUAUUCCGCGACCUGUUGGAUAAGGCCGUUGUGGAAGCAAGAGGAGGC